AUGGAGAACGAUUGUUUUGAUAAAUAUGGACGCAUGAUCAGCAUCAGAACUGGUCGAGCGUCUGUUGCAGGCUCCCUUCGAAACACCAUCGAUGAGACCUCGCGCAUCGAUUGGUACGAUUGGCCAGCCAUGGAGCCUAGUUUACUGGCAGGCGGCUCAUUGCUCCAGCCUCACUACCGGCCUCCGAAAACAAAGGUCUCGAUGGAUGUAGCUCUACAUGAAACAACAAUAGAGCUCAAGCCUUACGUCGAGAACGGAAAGUCACGAAUCAAGACGUGGGAGUUCACCAAGUGCAUGAACGCCUUGCUCUCAAGCAUCAGCAUCCCGGUCUGCGAACAUCGACUCGAUUCGUCCUACGAGUUGCAGAAGAACAACGAGGUGGCCCUCGAGGGGUUUCACAUUGCGAGUUACAAGAAGCGGUCUUCAGAACGAAGAUUCGACAUUAGCAAGGAAUGA